CCUGCUCUCUAGAAAACUAGUACAAUAAUUUAUGUCCUAGCUUCUUUGUUUUCCUAACCUUUUAUUUUCUCCCUUUUUUAAAAAAAUAAAAAAAUAUUUUAGUAAUAAUAUAUCUUCCCAAUGUCUUUUUCUUCUUGCUAGCUGAAGCCAACUUUACCUUUCUCCAACACACAGACUUUUUCUUCUUUCAAUAGUCCUUACCACUCUGCUUCCUGUCAAACCUUUCAUACACUCUCCUAUACUCUUUCUUCUGUUUCUCCCAAAACCCACAUCUCAUUUUCUUGUCUGAAGCUACUUCUCUGCUACAAAUUUUGAUUUUUCUACUGCACAAAGGUAAAAGCUUUAAGCCCAUCUUCUUUUUUGUUCUUUUGAGCUCAGCAUUUCCAACGGUAACUUUAUUGGAAAUGUUGGGGCUGCUGGUUUUGUUCAUUUUAAGUCUUUAUAGCUUUCAAGGCUUUGUGGGUUGCUUGAAUGAUGAAGGUGUUGCACUCAUGUCAUUCAAGCAAUCCAUCCAGCAAGACCCUGAAGGGUCCAUGAACAAUUGGAACUAUUCUGAUGAAACCCCUUGUUCAUGGAAUGGCAUAACAUGCAAAGACCAAAAAGUUGUUUCUGUUAGCAUUCCUAAGAAGAAACUCACUGGGUUUCUUUCGUCUUCACUGGGAUCUCUUCCUGAGCUCAGGCAUGUCAAUUUGAGGAAUAAUUUGUUUUAUGGUAGCUUAAAUUCAGAGAUUUUUAAAGCUCAGGGACUGCAAAGUUUGGUUCUUUAUGGAAAUUCCCUUUCUGGGCCAAUUCCAAGUGAAAUAGGUAAUCUUAGCUACCUUCAAUCUCUGGAUUUGUCUCAGAAUUUGUUCAAUAACUCAUUACCUGCAUCAUUAAUUCAGUGUAAGAGACUCAGAGUUCUUGACCUCAGUCAAAAUAAUCUUACUGGUAGUCUGCCUCAUGGCUUUGGGACUAAUUUGGCGUCAUUGGAAAAACUUGAUCUUUCAUAUAAUAAAUUUGAGGGUUCAAUUCCCAGUGACUUGGGAAGUUUGUCUAAUUUGCAAGGAACUGUUGAUUUGUCUCAUAAUUUGUUUAGUGGUUCAAUCCCCCCUAGUCUUGGUAAUCUUCCUGAAAAGGUUUAUAUUGAUCUUACAUUCAAUAAUUUAAGCGGUCCUAUCCCACAAAAUGGUGCACUAAUUAACAGAGGGCCAACAGCUUUUAUUGGAAAUCCUGGCCUUUGUGGCCCUCCAUUGAAAAAUCCCUGUUCAGAUAGUGAGGCAAGUUCACCUGCUUCCUAUCCUUUCUUGCCCAGUAAUUCCCCUCCACAGGGUGAAGAUGAUGGCAAUGUUGGUAGAGGAAGAGGACUCAGUAAGAGUGCUGUUAUUGCAAUUAUUGUCUGCGAUGUUAUUGGUAUUUGCAUCGUUGGCUUGCUGUUCUCUUACUGUUACUCCAGAAUAUGCCCUUGUGGAAAGAAAAAUGCUGACGGGUAUGGUUUUGGGAAAGAUGGAAAAAGGGGAAAAGAGUGCUUAUGCUUUAGGAAGGACGAAUCAGAAACUUUAUCUGAACAUGUGGAACAAUACGAUCUUGUGGCUCUAGAUGGUCAGGUGGCGUUUGACCUAGAUGAAUUACUGAAAGCAUCCGCAUUUGUGCUGGGAAAGAGUGGGAUUGGAAUUGUUUAUAAGGUUGUGCUUGAAGAUGGGCUUGUUUUAGCUGUCAGAAGACUUGGAGAAGGUGGUUCUCAAAGAUUCAAAGAAUUUCAGACCGAAGUUGAGGCGAUUGGGAAGCUUAAACAUCCUAACGUUGUAACCCUGAGAGCCUAUUACUGGUCAGUGGAUGAGAAGUUGCUCAUAUAUGACUUUGUACCGAAUGGAAACCUUACCUCGGCUAUUCACGGAAAGCCUGGAAUGGUGACCUUUACACCUCUUUCAUGGUCAAUGCGCUUGAGAAUAAUGAAAGGAGUUGCUAAAGGUUUGGCUUAUCUCCAUGAAUAUAGUCCCAAGAAGUAUGUCCACGGUGAUCUUAAGCCGUCUAACAUAUUGCUUGGACAUAAUAUGGAACCUAAAAUCUCUGAUUUUGGGCUGGGACGUCUAGCGAAUAUCACUGGAGGGACCCCAACUUUGCAAUCCAGUAGAAUGAUUUCUGAGAAGCAGCUACAAAGACCAGGAGGCAACACACCAUCCGAAGUCGGCACAAUGACUUCAGCUGCAAGUUUUGGAUCCUUUUACCAAGCCCCCGAGGCAUUGAAAGUGGUGAAACCAUCACAGAAAUGGGAUGUCUACUCAUAUGGAGUAAUAUUACUGGAAAUGAUCACCGGAAAGCCACCACUGAUCCAAGUGGGUGCUUCAGAAAUCGACAUUGUGCAUUGGAUGCAAUCAUGCAUUGAAGAGAAGAAACCAUUAUCAGAUGUGCUAGACCCCUUUUUAGCUCCAGAUGCUGAUAAAGAAGAGGAAAUGAUCGCCGUUCUAAAGAUCGCGAUGGCAUGCAUCCAAACGAGUCCUGAAAGGAGGCCAUCAAUGCGGCAUGUAAUGGAUACUUUGGAUAGGUUACCUGUAUCUUCUGCAUGAACAAAAACAAUGUAGAAUAUAUAACUGUCUAUUUGUUAAUUCGUCUUGAUUGAUAUAUAUUGAUUUUUCCCCCUCUGUACAUGUUUGCUGCAUCCUUUGUGUGUAUUAAGUGAGCUUCUUGAAGUCCAUUUGAGUAAUGCCGGAAUUUUGAGAAUUCUGGCAUCAUCAGGGUCUAAUGUGACUAAACAUUCAGGAAAAAUUCUUCACGUUAUUUUCAGUUGAAAGGACCCAAAGAGUGAAAGUGAUUUCAGAUUGUCAUAUGUGC